CGGAGUUAUUUAUCUUACCAUAAACGUGUCAUAUACAUGUCUGUGUUAAUUAAAUAAUCUAAAUAUAUUAAAGAUUUGUUAGCAAUACCUUGAAAGAUUGUCAGCAAUCAGGAAAUAGGAAUAUACAUAAAUGACCAUGGGCAGCAUAUUUACACUACUAACAUAUUUUACUCCGCGCUUUUUAUAGACAGCGAGUUGAGUAUCCCGAUAGUCUUGAUGACGUAUGUAAGGAAAACAUUUGUAAAUUAGAUGAAAGCGUUGUGAAACAUUUGAGGUCCCUAGAUGCCAUGCGGGCGACAGCUGAUAUGUUGUAUACAUUGCUGAAUGAUAGCCCGGGAGGUACAGCAAGCAACAAUGGACCUCGGGAUGCAAGUCAGAACACUAGAGAUUGUAAAACCAUUGCAGCACGACUUUUGAUAAGCAUUGAGAGAAUUGUCUACGAUGAAAAACAAGAAAUGGUAAGCUCUAUUAGAUCAUUCCUAAAGUUCGUUAUGUACAAUGCUGACAGGCUUUCCAAAUCAGACGCGGUCAAAUCGAUUGCAUUAAAAAUAGAAGAUUAUGAAACCGAUCCGAAUGCUGUGCAGCUAACCGAAAAUGAUUUAAUUAAACAGCUGCACUCGGAAAAAGACACCUUGAUGACGAAAAAUGCAGAACAAUCUAGCCACAUUAUGGCUCUUCAGACCGAACUCAAUGAAUUAAAGGGUCGAUUAGAAGACUGCAACAAUAAGUUGAAAAACAAGGAUGAACAUGUACAAAACGAGAUCACUAAAUUAAAAAAACUAAACAAUGAUUUAAAACAUAGCAAAGAAUCACAAGCAAAACAAUUGAAGGAACAAGCAUUUAGUAUGACGAAAAUGGAGAAAGAGAACACAUCUUUGCAGAAACAGAUAGAUAAUUGCUCAGAUAAAAGCAAAAAACAACAGCAAAAAGAAAAACGUAUGCAUGAGCUUGAAGAGGAAAUUAAAGAACUAAAAGAAGAAAUAAACAGGAAAGACUUAGAAUUCACAGAACUUAACACAAAAGCCCAGUUGCUUGCUCAAGGUAUGCAGAAAAAAGAAAAUGAUUUAGCAGAAUUGAAGUCAAAGACUGAAUCGGCUACAAGGGAUGUGGAAUCACAACGGCAAGAGUAUGAAAAUAAACUAAAAGAGCAGGAAAAGUCUAUCUGCAAGCUGCAGCAAGAAACAGAGGAAGUAAACUCGUCUAAUGAAUCAUUAAAAGAAACAAUAACAACCAAGGACCAAGAUAUAAAGGUAAAGGAAGAAAGUCUAGCAAAACUAAGUCAGCAGAAAAAGCACUUGCAGAAAACUAUGGAAGCAUGCAAGAAAGAUAUGGAAACGCAACGCAGCAUGUACGAAUCUAAGCUGGUUGGAAAGGAGAAGAAUAUUUCCGACCUGACUAAGUCAAACAAAGAGAAAGAUCAAGUAAUUGAAACAUAUCAGUUAGAUAAAAUAGUAAUGACAGAAGAAAAAAAAAAGCUCAUUACAAAGGCAAAUGAGUUACUUGAAAAGCUUCAACGAAACGAAAAAAGAACUGGCAUCUUGCCAACAAAAGAAAUUUGAAAAAAAAGCAAAGAAAAUGUUGAAAAAAUUGAAAAAUUGGCAAGAAACCUGGAAGAAUCUGAAACCAUUGUACAUGACUUACAGGAAGAAAAUAUCCGGAAAGAUCAACGCUUGCAACAGUUGCAAAACGAGUUUGACGAACAGAAGGUAGAAAUCGAAACACUUGAAAAAAGAUGCCAAGCAGUGACAGCUGAACUUACCGAAAUUAAAAGUAUAAAGAAUAUACCAGUCCAGCUGUACUGCCAACAAAAGACCCAAUGGACCUCAAGUUUGGAAAGCCAAAUUAUAGAUUUGAUGAAAGCAGAAAUUCAAGCAGUUGACAGUAAGGUAGAGUUUAAUAUCUACAAGAUAUCGCGUCCUUCUGACAUCAAACCUGAAAUUCCGCUUGUGUUGAUAUGCGUAACGAUUUCUCGACUUGGCACUGACGUCAUUAAUGCAACGGAUGGACUUACACUAACGUCAAAUACGGCGGUAGUAGUUUUUCACCACAAGGAUGAGCAUGCCUUACCUAACCAAGCCAGUGAACGUGUACUGACGGGGAAAGAGAUGAGAGGCUCUGGCGGGAUAUAUGACAUGGCGUUCAAGUCGGACAGGGGCAUAUACGUGUGUGACUUUAAUACAAAAGCAGUGGAAAGUCUCGUUACGUUUAUUCGAAGGCAGAUAAUAUAAAAUACAUAUUAUCUCCUGACUAGAAUAGUAUACCAUUUGAGUGAUUUGUCAAUGAUGGAAAAGGUUUAAAGCAGCACGCCUCCAGAUUUAUGUUUAUUUUUAUGAAUUCUUUAAAAACUGUUCAAAUGAGCUUCCGACUGUUGCAAAAUCUACGAAUUUAGUGAUUUAAUUUAACUCAAGGCAUUUGUUGAAGAAAAAAAAAUAUAUAAAAUUAAUAAAAUACACUGGUAUGUGUAUGCAGACAUUUCUCAUUCUAUAUUUUUACAAGAUAAACGUUUACUGAUAUAAUAAUAAAUUAUGUAACAUUUCAAUAUUUCACCUGUAUUUUGAAUGUGUAAACAUUUCAUUGAACUAUAAACUCACAUAAUCAUUUUUUGCUCAAAUUUGACUUUCCUUUUUUCAAUUUGUGCUGCUUUAAAUAUGGAAAUUAAUUUGGUCGUGUGUAAACUUUUGGAUGUGGGUACAUCACUGUAUGAUUCUGGGAAGAGGAUUCUUGUAAAUAAAUGACAUUCCUUAGCGACAUUUUAGAAAUUACUUUAAAUGUGAACACAUGUUAAAAGAGCACAAAACAAGUUAGUCAAUCAUUUUAGAACUGUAUUUCUUGUUAGUGGUGUCAUAAAAUUGUUUCAUUUACUUGUAUUUGUUGUCAAUAAAUACACAGAACAUUCA